AUGUACCUAGGCACUUGGCACCUUAUUAGCCCGCUGUAUUCGCAUUACUUUGCUAAUACCUUAGUAGCUGACCUGCUCAAACAUAGCUUCGUUGUUGUCUUUGCUCCCAGAUCCAACCCGGCCGCAAUUCGCAGCGACUUGUUCUUGACUCUUACGCUCGAUCCCCGCUUCUCAACAUCCACCAUACAUCCCCACGCCGGUCGCGUUCGAGAUAUACCCAUUUGCGCAGCUCGCUUUGAGCCGCCACCACCACAUACCAUCGUCAUGGUUUCCGACGAGCACUAUGAACUCUGCUUGCCCAUCCUGCAGGAUGCUGCCCUCGAAGAUGAAGACAAGACGGACAAGCUCGAGGAACUGCUGAAGAAGGAGACCAACCUGACGGGUUCCUCACUCGACAACGUCGUCCUCGACGCCCUUUGGCGAUUUCGCGAUGGAGCUGCCGUCUCGGCUUCACCACCACCCAUCCGACACUCCAUCCUCAGACGACCCUCUCCUGCAUCAUGGCGAAACACAUCCACUCCCGUCGCGGGCUCUCCACGCCUUGGUGUUAGUCCCCUUGCGCCGCCUGGCUUCAUACCGUCCACAUAUCGAUCCAUAUCGUCCACCGCAUCGCCUUUUUCAUCUCCUCGAGCCUCGCCUCGCUUGGCCUUUGCAACUCCCGCGAUCCCCCAUAGCCCCAGCCUCAACGCCUACGAAUUUGCCAGCGACCCCACUCCUGCUACAGAAAUCCUCGGAGACUAUCAGACCGAAAACGUGGAAUGGCUGGUCAACGAUGACGCUGCAAGCGUCUCAUCUGCCGGAACCUCGAGUGGUCUCAAUGCUGCUGCCCCCGAGUUCGCAUCGUCCAUGUCUGCACAGCAGCUUGACAUGUCACCUUAUGACAUGCUCCGCUCUAUCCUUGGUCACUCCCAAACCGACGACGAGAUCGAAAAUGCCUUAGCAUCUCACGGCUACGACUUGAGCGCCACGAUUGCCUCCAUUAUGGAAAGCCAAGCAGCCGACGGCAACAGUACUACCGACGACUCCAGAAAUGUCCUCAUUGGGAAAUCCAUAGUAGUAGACAGCCGCCCGGCUACGCCCACUUCAGCCCAAAAGGCUGGUGUCAUUUGCAAGUUCUACAUGUCGACUGUCACGAGCUCUCUAACCAUCUAUGCAACCGGCGAAACCUGCAUCUUCUCGCACGAUCCCGCCAAGCUAGCAAGUAGACUUACAUUGGACGGCGCGAGCACUCCUCCUUCCCGGGGACAGUCAGCUUUGCAGCUACAAGAUCUGAACUCGUUUCCUUCUCUAAGCUCUGGUGCUUCAGAUGGAUAUCACAGCGGAACUGCCACACCCCCACCUGGAUUCCGGCCUUACCACGGCGCAGAUAGCCCUCGUUCGCGAUCUCGUCCUAGUAGUCGCCACCAUGCAAGAGAGCUGCCCAUGGUCGCCCCCGCCCUGGAUGACAACGAUGCUUUUCCAACAUUGGGGUCAGCUUCGAUUAAGCAGGGCAAGAAGCAUCACGGCAAGAGAGGCGGCCAUGGCCAUGCAAAUAAAGAAAGUGCUCUUCCCAGCUCGCUGGCUGACAUUGUCAAGACGGCGCCUUCACCUGUCCCUGGGAGCUCACCUCGUCUGGAAUCUAGAAAGCUCAAUGGAGGCGCUGCCUUGUUUAAGAAUGGAGAAAAUAGCGCGGCAGCCCUCGCGAUUAAUAGCCCUAAGCUUAUUCCUUGGCUGGAGACUGGCGAUCGCGCCAACAAAGCAUACCUGAAGGCUCGCCAGGAAGCCAUUAAGCACGGUGGACUACGAAACAAAUUUCUUCAGAGGUUGGUCAUUCAGCUGGCACGUUGUGGCAUUGAUACUAAUAGUCAUUUCAGCGCGGCGCAAGCCUGGAAUCGCAAUGAUGCUCGAGCAGCCAAGGCUCUCAGUUUGCGUGGCCAGAGCGAAAAUGACCUGAUGCGGCAAGCCCAUCGCGAGGCUGCUCGCGAACUUUAUGAAGAACGCAACAAGCCCGUUUCCGACAUGGCGGAGAUAUAUGUUGACCUCCACGGCCUGCAUCCUGAUGAAGCGGUGGAAUACCUGGAAAAGAUCCUCUUGGAUAACUCCAAAGAAACACGGCCAGUCUAUGCCAUUACAGGCACCGGAAACCACAGCAAAAACGGAAAGGACAAGGUUGGCAAGUCUAUCCGCAAUUUCCUUAACGAAUGGAGAUAUGCCUACCGUGAGUUUUCUGUUCCAGGUGACAGGAAUAACAUGGGAGGCAUUCUGGGCAUAGACGCAAGAAGCUGGGAUAAAUCAUUAGCUAGACAAGAGGACAAGUCGGUAGAUAUUCUCAGCCAAGGUGUGGAGAUAGGCGACGGCAAAGUUAGACUCUUGGUUCGAGACGGCCCAAAGACGGCCGCCAGCACGAGACGAUGA